AUGGGGAAGAUAGCAACAUCACCGCCAACCGGGGCACACAAACAGAGAAGACAGCAGAAGAGUUACCUCACCAGGAACAUCUUCGACAUCUUGGGUCUAGAGAAUGACGACAGCCAGAUAUGCAAGUUCCAAAUGCUACCGCUGGACAUUCACUGCACCAUAGCUUCCUACCUGGACUAUGCGGAUGCAUUCAACGUUUCUUUGGCGAACAAAUACUUCCGCGAGAACUUGAAUCCCACGAUCGUCCUUCCCAGAUGGCGUUGGGUGCCUUUCUUUGCCAGUGCGGAUCUGAAUCGCCACUGGUAUAACUACAAAAGAGAGCGAAAAGAAACGAAACGAUGGGCUUGCUUUGGAUGUUGCCGAUUCCUCCCCAAAGAAUCGUUCGGGGACAGGAUGCGGAAGAACAAAUGGGGCAAGAGAGGGCAGCAGCAGAGUCGGCUGGGCCACAGACGAUGCUGGGACUGCGCAAUCGCGGAGAGGCUCUACGAACAUCUGCAGCCCGUGCUCAAAGAUGGAGAGAAGUUCUAUCUGUGCCAUACGUGUGGUCGAAUGCAGCCCGAGUGGCAGAAGUGCGAGGAGUCGGCUUGCUACGAAGAAACCGCCGCCGCCCCGUCAUCGCACCUCGCGGAACUCCCUUCGGAAAUGCUCGAGAAUAUCGUUUCCGGUAUCGGACUGCUCGACGCGAUACACCUUCGGCAGGUCAACCGACAUCUGCGGGACACGGUCCGGACGAGAUGGGUCCCUCUUCACGAGCGCUUCGGGUUCGUGAAGCAGUGGGAGCCCGAGAUACAAUGGGCCUUCGGCCUGCCUCACCCCAGAAUCCGAGACAUACCGAAGUUUCCCUGCUACUCGUGCUUCGAGGUGAAGCCCUUCAAGAAGUUCCCGAUUCGGCAGCAUCGGUACCUCGCCACUUACCCAGAUACCUUCUGGAAGCGGCGAUGUGGCGCUUGCGUGAACGUCUUAUACAACAGUUCGACGAAGGGAUGGUGCGAGGAGGGCCUAGAAAAUUUUAAGAGCCAAACUUUAUGCGAUGACUGCGGCUAUCUGAGGCGCAAAGAAGAGACGUGCCACAACUGCUUGAGAAACUGCGCUGGGAUUUCCGACCAUGCCGUAUUUAACUCAGGCGCUGAUACUGAGACGGCUGAAUAA